GGAAUUUACAUGUCAUCGCCCCAAGACAUUGCUCGCCAUGGCAAAAACAUGUAAUUGCGGUGUUUUCACCCUGCGAUGCGUAUAUAUCCCAGCUGAGCUCCUCUCGGCCCAGACUAAGGACUUUCCAUCCCAAUUGUCAUCAUGUCGAAAUUUGUGUUGGCUGUACUCUCACUGGUUUCUUUCACGUCCGCUGCUGUUGUACCUGGAAGCACUGCAAAUGCUCCCUAUGUUGCCCCACCUCCUGCAGCAAAACAAGCUGGAUUACCAGGAUUUGUCCACCUUGCUCUCACCAAAAAGCCUGCGAAGGCUUUGCGAAAGAGACAAUCUCCUGAUCCUCUCCAAAAUGAUAUAAGUGGAUAUUCAGUCGAAAUCACACUCGGCACGCCUCCACAGAUCCAAUGGGUAGAUCUUGAUACUGGAUCCAACGAGUUAUGGGUAAAUCCAUUAUGCUCCACGUCGUACUAUCCAGCUGGAUGUACUGCGAAUGGUGUCUACAACCCAGGUAGUUCUUCGACUAGCCAUGAUUUGGGCACACCGUUCUCAAUUUCUUAUGGAAUCGGUUCCGUCUCCGGGACCUACUAUACCGACAAUAUGACUAUGGGAGAUGCCUCAAUUCGUCAACAGCAAUUUGGGGAUGCUGCCACCAGUCAACAAAUGAUGCAGGGAAUACUUGGCAUUGCUUGGGGCAAUGGCGUCGACACUAAUUACAACAAUGUCAUUGACAAUCUGAAAGCACAAGGCAUCACUCAAAGCAGAGCUUUUGGUCUUAAUCUUGCCAGUAUUGACAGCCCUACAGGUGCUAUUAUUUUCGGCGGCAUUGACAUCAUGAAGUACAGUGGUCCUCUCCAAAAGCAGCCUAUCAUUCCCAGAAAUCUUGCACCUGAUGGAUAUGCUCGUUAUUGGUUCUACAUGAAUCAAGUAAGCAUCACGCCUCCAGGGGCUACUGCACCAAUUGCUCUGACCUCACCUACCUACAAUCAAGCGAUGUUCCCAGAUAGUGGAUCCACUUUCUGUCAACUGCCGUCAGCACUUUUCACUGCGCUCCUUGCAUACUUCCCUGUUGGACAAGUCAACCAAGGAAGCAGUACGUACACCGUCAGCUGUAAUUACAGAACACAGGCUGGGUACAUCAACUUUGCCUUUGGCAGCGUUACCGUAUCAGUUUCUUACCAUGAGUUCAUCUGGUUCGACGGAGUUCAGUGUUGGUUUGCUGCUCAACCGAGCACUCAAUUUUAUCUUUUGGGUGACUCGUUCAUGCGAUCAGCCUACAUCGUCUACGAUCAGGAUAACUCUAACGUCUUCAUUGCUCCAGCAGCAAACUGUGGAACAAGUAUUAUACCCAUCUCAACUGGUGUUAACGCUGUUCCCUCAAUCAACGGUCUCUGUGCUCCCACCUACACGCCUCCUAUUGUUACCACCUCUACACCUUCGCCAACUCCUACAUCCACCCCACAUCCCUCGACGUCCUCGUCAUCGACAAUAAAGUCGUCGAGCAGCUUCGUCACCUCCAGCAGCAAGCUGACCACUUCGUCUCCUGUCCCAACCAGUACGGGUUUCACGACAUCGUCUUCUUCAACGAGUAGCAAGCCGAGCUCUUCUUCCACAUUAUCGUCAUCGAGCUCAAAAAUCAGCUCCCUCUCCAGCUCUAGUUUGAUCCCAAGUCCAAGCUCAUCCACUCAAAAAAUUAUAUCGAGCUCAAGCACCCCCAUCAGCUCGUCUUCAAACAAAGGCUUAUCGAGCAUAUCAUCACCAGUGUCUACCAAAUCAUCCUCCAUCAUGAUCUCGUCCACGUCCUCCUCCAUCAAACUAUCAUCGUCCUCGCAAGUUUCUAACUCAGGCUCACAGGUCUCUUCCACAUCCAGCCUGUCAUCAAGCAAAGCCUCUUCUUGCUUAGCAAGCACCGUUCAGAUCACCUUGACGCAAAGCGCUACUUCUGUAACAGUAUACAGCGUCUUCACGGUCGUUCAGAUUCAAAGCGCUAGUACUCUGACCGUAUCCAUCCCAUACACAGUCAUCCAAACGCAAAGCGCUAGCACGGUAUACGUAACGCUCACCAGCACAGCCGCAGCUCCCAGUGUGGCGCCCAUCACCAUCACAAUUACAGCAGCUGCUCCAAGCGUAGCACCCAUUAUCAUCACAAGCUUGACCACUGUCACGGUUGCUGCGAGCUCCGCGUUGCCUAGUAUCUUUUGAAUGAGGUUAAUGAGAGAUAUGAGAUUAUGAUAUGUUUGUAUCUCCUUCGAUCAACGAGUUUCUUUUCAAAGAGAGAGGAAAGGGGCGAUGUAUAUAGAAUGAGAAACAACAUGGGAAAGAGAAGAUGUAUUGAGCUCUCCGAUUAUGAUCAUGUUAUGCGGUUAGAUAGAUAUCAAAGAGUGAAGUUCAGA